AUGCCGGCGAAGCGCGCGAAUCCCUCGGCGACGCCGCCGAGGGGGAAACGCCCGAGAAGCGUCGACGGCGACCCGGUGCGUCCGCGCGCGCGCGUCCUCCCCUCGCGGGGAAUUGGACCACGCGUUCAGUCAAGAUCUCUCCUUUUCUCCCCCCGAGGCGAGGACGAAGCGCCUUCGCCUCGACGAUCCCCCCGACGCGCUCGCGCUGACCGCCUCCCCCCCCCCGCGCCUCCCUCCCGAACGCAGACCGACGACGACGACGCCGCGGGCUCCUAUGGGCAAACAGUCUCGCCGAGCGCGGACGCGAUCGCCGCGAGCGCGGUCGCCGCGGGCGCGGACCCGGAGGCGGUGCGCAAGCUCAUGGAGCCCGUCCUCGAAGACCCGGACGGCGACCUCGCGCGCGCCAACUUGAACGUGCUCACGACGCUGCAGAAGACGCUCGAGAAGGCGGCGGCGGCGGCGGCGGCGGCGGCGGCGGCGGCGAACGGCGGCGCGGGUCCCGGCGCGACGCCGCACGGUCACGGUCACGGUCGCGGUCACGGUCACGGUCACGGUCACGGCCACGACCACGACCACGACCACGACCACGACCACGACCACGACCACGACCACGACCACGACCCGCCGCCGCCGCGGAAGCGCGGGCGACCGCCCGGAAGCAAGAACAAGAACGGCCCGCCCGCGGGCGGACGCCGGUGCCAAGAGUCUGAGUGCGAGAAGCUCGACGUCGGCGGCGGGAAGUGCGUCGCGCACGGCGGCGGGAAACGAUGCUCAGAGGAUGGCUGCUCCGCCGGCGCGCGCGGCGGCGGAAAGUGCAUCACCCACGGCGGCGGACGUCGGUGCCGAGAAGAAGGGUGCUCGAACGGCGCCGCGAGCGGCGGGGACAAGUGCAUCACCCACGGCGGCGGGCUGCCGUGCACGGAGGAGGGGUGCGACCGCAAGAGAAAGAUUCGCGGGCUGUGCGCCGUGCACGCGGGGGUGAAUAAAAAAUCUCUGUGCUCCGUCGCCGCGUGCUUCGCCAAGGACGUCGGCGGCGGGAAGUGCAAAUCCCACGGCGGGAGGGCGACGUGCACGAAAGAAGGGUGCGAUCGCAAGGUGGCGGCCAGGGGCGUAUGCAGGGUGCACGACGAGAGCGCGCCUCGGUGCGAGGAGGACGGAUGCGACGAGUUGGCGCGCGCGCGGGGGCGGUGCCGCAACCACGGGGGCUACGUCAACAGGGACUGCGGGCGCGACGGGUGCGCGAAGCACGCGCUGUCGGGGAGCGAACACUGCAGAGCGCACGGCGGGGGGAAACGGUGCCAGAGAGAGGGCUGCGGCAAGGGCGACGCCGGCGGCGGGUUUUGUGUCUCGCACGGCGGCGGGAAACGGUGCCAAGUCCCGAACUGUCCGAAGGGCGCCGCGGGCGGGACGGGGCAGUUUUGCGUCGCUCACGGCGGCGGGAAACGGUGCAAGCACGAGGACUGCGAUAAGCCCGGGCAUAUCAAGGGCUUGUGCGCGACGCACGGAGGCGGCAAGCUGUGCGGGCACGAGGGGUGCGAGAAGUGGGACGCCGGAUACGGGUUUUGCCGCUCGCACGGAGGCGGGAAGCGAUGCAGCGUCGAAGGCUGCGACACCCCGGUGAAACUCAGAGGGUUGUGCAUCAGACACGGCGGCGGGCACACGUGUAGCGUUGAAGGGUGCGAUCGAAGCGCGAAGGCGAGAAACUUGUGCAUCGAGCACGGCGGCGUGAAGUUGUGCAAGGUGCCGAACUGCCCGAAGAUGGACCGCGGCAGAGGGUUCUGCAGCAAGCACGGCAGCUUGCUCGGAUUAGGCGGCUUGACGUGCACCGCGCCGGAGUGCACGAGGCGGGCGGUGAGCAAAGGUCUGUGCUGCCAGCACGGGGGGAUGAAGCGGUGCGCGGUGAAGAAGUGCCAGAAGAUGGAGCGCGUGCAGGGGUACUGCAACGAUCACGCCCCCACACGCCAAGCUCUGGCCGGCGUCGGCGGCGGCGGCGCGGCGUCGGCGUCGGCGGUCGCGGCGGGCGGGGACUGA